CUCUCUAGACUGUUCUUGAGCUCCCAAUCUUCUCUAAACCUAUCACGGGCAUGAUCGCAUAAAAACCGGGUAGCAUCUCUGUCUCCCCCCUUCUCAAAAAUUUUGUAUUCAGGUUAGGUGGAACCACACUCAAAAAAAAAAAUUUGGUAUAAAAACUCUCUUUCUCUCUUUAUGUACAUUUCUAAGAGCUCAAAAAAUUUUGAGACAACACAGAGUAAGCCAACCCACUUUCAUUUCUCUCCUCAACAUUUUGCUCUCAAAAUCACCUCCUCACCAUCUCAACAUACUCAUACACGUCUGACGGCCGGAUUCUGGUCUCACAUCUCCCGCUUUCAUCUGAGCCGUCCAUUUAAUGCCCAUUUCGUAUACGUGCAAACGAUAGGAGCUCACAACCAAUCGUGCAAAACUCAUCUGUCAUUGUUUUUCUUUUUCAUUUUAUUGGGAUUUUGAGAUUUCUUCAGAGCUCUCUCUGUUAUUUAUUAAUGGCGUCUGAGUUUCUAGUUCAACCAAUUAGAGCUCGUCAUGUCAUUUUGGGUAAAAUUGGGGGCAGAGGGUGCAAACCAAUCUUAGCAGCUCGUUUCAGGAUCAGGGGGCCUGCAACACACGGUAGGAUUUGGGUUUUCUGCCAUUAAAGCUUCAGAGAAAAGCUCUGCUAUAAUUGAUGAAGGAAAAGUUGAAAAGCAGGAUUUUGGGCAUUAUGGGGGGGUUGAUGAGGCCAAGGAAAAAUUGAAGCAGGCAUUACAAGGUGAGGUUUCAUUGCUAUGGAAUAACUUUUUCAAAUAAAUUUUGAUUCAAAGAGAGAAAGAGAAAGAUUAUCCCCACCGAAAAACUUUUGGAUUUGUAUAGACCACAAAAAUGUGAUUUUUUCUUGUGGAGAGAGAAGUUUUUGUUACAAGAGAUAGAUGACCUCUUUCUCUAGAGAGAGAUUAAUCCUUCGACACCACUUUCAAAAGCAAUUUUUAUUUAUAGAUAUAAUAUUUUGACUUACCAUAAAUAAAAGUUGCUUUAGAUAUAAUUUUUAUUUAUAGAUAGAGGAGCAAUUGCCUCACAAACUUUCUACAUUUGGUUGAAUAAGAUAGCUGGAGAGAGUGUAGCACAAAAUGUUAUAGAACAAACGUUUUAUAUUAAAUAAAUAGUGAUUUAUGUAUGCGAACCCUUUUUAAAAAAAAAAAAAAAAAAAUUGCCCUCGGUAGACCCGAAUUUUGAUUUAUCUUUUUAAUUUUGUUUAGUUUUUCGUUGAUAAGGCAAUGCUUUAAAGCUUGGGGUAAAAAAGAAAACUAAAAAGAAAAAUCAAAAUUCGAGUUGAUCGGGCAAUUUUAAAAAAGAUAAAAAAAAGAUGGGCUGACGGACCUCCUUUGUAAUUUCCGCAUAUAAGCAUAGUAUUUUGUAUUUUAUCUAAAAUUUUAAGGUCCAUACAUAAAUCACACUUAAAUAAAAUUGUAUUAGACCGUUAAUCUUUGUUACAAAGAGGUCACAAUUAUGGGUGGAUUUAGGGGGGAUUUAAAAAAAUAUUAGAUAAGCUUAAAAAAAAAGGGGUUGAGGGGUAGAAUGGGUUGGUACCGGACCUUCCCAAAAUCGAUUUGAUCCCAGUCGAUUCUCAAUUUGAAUCGAUGAAUCCGACUGGUGAGUUUUAAAUCAUUGAUUUGAGUAGAAAUUCUAGUCAUGUCUUAUUAAUGAAAUUCCGGACCAUUGUUUGUGGUAAUAGCAAAGCAAGAGUGCAUCAACUAAACCACUAUACAAAAUACAGUAAGAUUUUUUUAUGGAAAAAGUAAAAAAUGGUAUUAAAAAACAAAAGAAAAAGAAUAAUCGGUAGAAGGCCAUACAUUCCAUGCAUAUAUCUAACUACAAUUAUUGAUGAGAGUGAUAAUAAAGAUCUAAAGAGGGGCAUUUUCGGCAUACCGUCUGCAAAAAAGUCAGAAAUAGAAGAGCUGGUGGAGCUGCUCGAAUCUGAAAACCCUACUCCUCAUUCAACUUAAACUCUUCAUUUGGAAUUGGUGGAUGGCUCUUGGAAGCUUAUUUACAGAAGCCUUACGAUAUUGGGGGCAAAGAGAACCAAGUUGGGUCUUCGAGGUCUCAUUUCGCUUGGAGAUAUUUACGAAAACAUCGAUGCUGCAAAUAAGAAGGCGGUGAAUGUCAUUAACUUCAAUGUUGGUGGAUUGAACAACAUCACUGGCCAACUAACCAUCCACUCCUUCCAAAUUGCAACUCAAAAGCUACAAAAAGUCGAUAUCAAGUACGAGACAUCAUCUAUUGUUCCUGAUCAGUUGUUGAACAUGUUCCAAAAAAUAUAUGAUAUGCUACUAGGCAUCUUCAAUCCCCAAGGUUGGCUCCACAUAUCAUAUGUAGAUGAAUCCUUAAGAAUUGGGAGGGAUGACCAGGGUAAUGUAUUUGUGUUGGAAAGUGCCUGAUGAAAAACAUUUUGGCAUUUGAAGAUAUGGUCCAAAAUCGAAAUUUAGAUAUAUGAGUUGUAUAUCAUUUUCCCUCAAGUCAUAAAUAUGGAUGGAAUAUAUUAGGCAACCCCUUGUCAUUUCAUAAGGCAAGGUUAUGGAUUCAUUCCAUAUCUCUAGCCUAUGUGCACCCAACCAGAGUUUAUCAUAUGCAAGGAAAUAAGGAGCAGUAGCUGUUAUAUGGCAUCGCAAAAGGUGGUCUUCCAUUUCAAUAUCCGUUCCAUUUAAUUGUGAUUUAUUCAUGCAAUGUAUUCUAGUCAUUGUGGCUGUUAAAAAUAAAUUAUGAACAAUGCAUGCAUCUUUUGAUCA